AUGGCCAUCCAAGUCUCUUGCAUUCUCGUCAUCUCACACUUCUUUCACAUUUUGCUCAAGGCACUGGGUCAACCAGGUCCCAUUGCUCAGAUCCUAGCUGGUUUGGUGUUAGGUCCUUCGGGAUUGUGUAACAUAAAAGAAGUAAAGAAUUACUUCUUACCGGCGUCAGCUGCACAAUACUACGAGAUGUUCGGGUUCUUCUGCCGCAUCCUCUUCAUGUUCUUGUUUGGUUUGGAGGUGGACAUUGCUUAUAUUAGGCGAAACAUUCGUGUUGUGUGCACAAUUGCAUGCGGUGGUGCCUCAAUAGGAGCCAUUUUUGGGUUGGUCUCCUCCUUCUUUUUGAGUAGUCACUUUUUGGAAAAACCCUCUGGCAAGGCAUAUUAUGUUUUAUCCAUGAUGUUAUUUGUAGCCUACUCCGCCACCCCAGUCGUGAACCGUCUAGCAGCAGAGUUGAAAUUCGCAACCUCAGACAUUGGACGCUUGGCGGUGUCUUCUGCACUGGUCACUGAGCUUGCUUGCUUACUGGUAUUCAAUUUCAUGAGCUUGUGCACGUCAGGGAAAAUGGUAGGAAACGCCUUCUUAAUCCUAGUAGGGUUGGUGCUUGUGCUCGUUGCUUUUAGGUACUUAGCUACAUGGUUAAACAAACGCAUCAAUAACCACAAGUACCUUAGAAACCCUGAGGUGUUCCUCAUACUGUCGGUUCUAAUAGGGACUUCUAUGCUGAUCGAAUUGGCCAACUUCAAUAGCAUCAUAGCUUGCUUUCUCGCUGGCGUGGCAUUCCCCAAAGAAGGGAAAACGGCAAGAACAUUACUGCAUAAACUCACUUACUCCGUUCACAACUUUGUUCUUCCUGUUUAUUUUGGGUACAUCGGGUUCCAAUUCGAUGGGGCUUAUUUUGGUAACCUAACCAACAUAUUGAUUGUUCUCAUUCUGGUGCUGUUGUGCAUCAGCAGCAAGAUUGGUGGCGUUCUUGCAGUUUGCCACUAUUUGAAGAUUCCACUCAGUGAAGGGUUCUUCCUUGCUUUUGUAUUGAACUUGAAGGGCCAUGCUGAUCUAUUAUUCAUCGGCAGCGCGGGCAAACAACUAUUUGAAUGGACCCCUGUGGCUUACAAUUUGUUAGUAAUGACAAUCGUUAUUAGCACUGUAAUAUCAGGGCCAAUGGUGGCUAUCCUAAUGAAUAAAGAUUAUCAACUAUUCGCUCACACACGCACCACUGUGAGUACUGAACUAGAAAAGCCUGAGAAUGAGCUUCGAGUGCUGGGAUGCGUGUAUGGACCUCGUCAUGUAAACGCUAUACUAUCGGUUAUUGCAACACUUAGAGGUCCUCAAACAGCACCCAUAAUGCCCUACCUGGCUCACCUGAUCGAGCUACAACGAAAACGCAGAACCAAUGUGUCGUAUCAUGAGCUCGAAGAUAAUGAAAUGAGCGAUGAGGAUGAGUACGGUGGUAAUGACGUAGUGGAAAUCCACAGAACAGUUGACACCUUCACUGUAGAUACCAGCAUUCUAAUCAACAUGAUCAAAGCUGUGUCAACUUUAUCUGGCCUGUAUGAGGAUGUGUGCACUGCUGCUGAGGAUUUGCGCACGACUAUCAUCCUGCUGCCGUUUCAUAAGCAUCAGCGCAUUGAUGGGAAGAUGGAGACUGGAAAAGAAGCUGUGAGGACGACGAACCAGAAGAUUCUUCGGCAUGCGCCUAGUACUGUUGGGAUUAUUGUAGAGAAAGGGCUAGCUGGGGCAUUAGGGUUCUCGCAGCUCACUAGGGUGGACACUGUUCAACAUGUUGCGACUCUUUUUUUUGGAGGGCCUGAUGAUCGUGAAGCUAUUGCAUGGAGUACUCGAAUCGCAAAUCAUACGAAGAUAAAUUUGACGGUGAUUAGAUUUCUGCCUAGAGAAUCAUCAAACCCAAGGAAUAUGAAGGUAAACUCAGAGAAGCAGGGAAAGGAUGACAUUGAGGUCUUCAUGGCGUUGUCAAGUUUGGAAAUGGGCAAUGACAUUGACAAUUCUUUUCUCAAUGACUUCUAUAACGGGUAUGUUGCAUCAGGUAAAGUUGGAUACGUUGAGAAGUAUACAAACAGUGGGGCAGAAACAGUGGCAGCUCUACGAGACAUUGGGGACUUGUACACGCUGUUUAUAGUAGGGCGGGGUGGGAGAGGGCACUCACCAUUGACCACACAGAUGAGUGAUUGGGAAGAAUGUCCAGAACUAGGAACUGUUGGAGAUCUCUUGGCUUCUUCAGAUUUCAACGUCAAUGGUUCAAUUUUGGUAGUUCAACAACAUAGACACACGAAGAAAGACCUUAUAGAUGAUUAG